UAACACGAAACUAAAGCAGAGCAGCUCACAAGGGUGAGAUCAUUGAAAGGGGGAGUAACCCAUUAAUGGACCAGAAUCACUGAGGCUCAGGAUCCAGACAUUUAUCAACCUAGAGGAAGUAUCUUACUGUGGAGAUAAGAUACGGAGGGGAAAAAAUCCCCCAGAUCAUUGGGCAGGCUUAUGACUGCAUGUUUUGUUGCCUUGCUUUGCUCUCCAUUCCUUUACGAGGCACAGAUGGACAAGCAGCUGAUGCAGGAGGCAGUUUUCCUCUCUGCGCACUCAUGCUAGGACCCGAAGGCAUCUUGAAAUAGAAAUUCAAAGGAGGAGGAGGAGGAGGACAGAAAGGAGGGAGAAGUGGGGUUGGGAGGGGGGGACUUGACAGAGAGCACUGCUAUGCCAGGCUCAAUACCUAGCAUGGCUGUACAGAAGAAGAAGAGUGUCAUCCCUCCACCGCAGGGACCACUUUCUACAUGUACCAUCAAGAGCCAAAGGGUUGGAAACAAAUCCGAAGGAAGAGGGGAGAAUGGCUCUAAUGUCAAACCAAGCCCACAAGCAAAGAACACAACCAGCUUUGCCAACAAGUCCAUCCAAAUCUGCAACAACGUUACCCCGAGGGUCUCUGCAGCUGGUAACGGACUGAACGUCGACGAAAGGCUCAGGGCAGCGCGAGAAAGAAGAGAAGAGCAGCAGAAGCUGUUCGUCUCACGGGAGCUGAGCCGCCUGGAGCGGGAACAGCGGGCCAGGCGUUACUAUGAGCAACAACUACAGGAGCGAAGGAAGAAACUCCUGGAGCAAAGGCUCAAAGAGGAGAGGAGGCGUGCGGCUGUGGAGGAGAAACGCAAGCAGAGGCUAAGAGAGGAAAAAGAACGAAAUGAAAGUGCUGUGCGCAGGACAAUAGAGAGGAGCCAAAAGGCCCAGCAGCACCUCAGUCAAAGCUCAAGAGGCAGGAGGCCCACUAAGAACGCUCCACGUCGCUUGCCUCUGACAACAUGGGAGAGGAAUCUGGUCAGUCGCCUCCUCACCCCUACAUGCUCUUAUCUGGCUAGAAGCAAGAGUGCUACUUGUAGGUCAGGAGAAGAAGUUGUCCAUGUUUGUCGCCGUGCAGCUUCAUGCCUCCCAACGACCGCCAUCCCAUCCCCCGCCAUCAUCACACCCAAACUCCAACAUCAGUCCCUUUCAGUCCGCCGCAGGCCGCCUGCCUCACCUUGUUCCAGUGACACCCAGCAAAGAAGCAUCAGCCCCGCACAGAUCAAACUAAUAAGACAACAAGAAACCACGAGGAAGAUCGCCAACAGUGGCUCUGCCAAACGAUCCCGCGUCGCCGUUGACAACAACGCGAAGGGAUCCAUCUCCCGUCAGAGCAGGAAAGCCUCCCCGUCACCAGAACGGAGCCCCAGAAGGUCACUCAGCAAACACUCGACCCCGCUGCGUCUCGAGCUCCCAGCUGUUCCCGAGGAGGAUGCUCCUGCUUGCGGCCCGCCCCUCUCUGCUGGUAACACACGGCCUGUCACUGAAGCAGACAGAGGUCAACAAGCGACGCCGAGAAAGGAAAAUCUCCUGGGGACGCCACGUUCAAAGCUGCCUGACGCGCAGAGAGACGGCUCACCCAGAAGAGCAGAAGAUGGAACUCCCCAGCCUCCAGAGGUCAUUUUCCGUCUUUCGGCUGGUACUACGGACCCAAAAGAGGCCUCGCGACUACUGGCUGAGAAGAGGAGAGAGGCCCGAAUCCAACGGGAGAAAGAGGAGCAGGAGCGUUUGCAGCGAGAGGAAGCUGAAAGGCUGAACCGCGCCGAACGGGAGCGCAGGCGGGCCGAGGAGCAGGCCUUGCAGGAGGCCGAGGUGCAGCGUCUCGUGGAGGAGAAGAGGCGCAGGGAGGAGGAGGAGCAAAGGAGAGCUGAGGAAGAGAGAGCUCAGGCAAUGAAGGAGGCCGCCCUUCUGCAGAAGCAGAGAGAGGAGGAAGCUGCUAAAGAGAGAGCUCGAGCUGAACAAAUGAAGCAGGAGCGAGAGAUGGCUGCACAGAAAGAGGAGGCGGCGCGCCAAGCGAGGAAAAAGCGGCUUGAGGAGAUCAUGCGGAGAACCAGAAGAACAGAUUCCCCAGAUAUGGUGCGAUUUACCGACUCUCAUCUCGGCUUUUUUUUAAAAACAGCACACGGCCUCGGGUCUCUGGUGACGCACAUUCAGUUUGGCCUCACAAAAAAAGCCCUUCUAAUGCUUGAUAUCUUUUGAUCACAGAAAUUCGUGUCGGCGAGGACCUUGCCAAAGGAAAACACGGAGCCUCCGCACAACGGCACAAUAGAGGAUGCCGUCAAGAUGGCGGUGGGGACUAAAACGGCGCCGCUCGGGUUAGGCAACGAGGACGACGCGGUACCUGCCGUGGCCUUCAAGGAACGCAGAUCCCUCAGAGCGCUUUCUGGCCUGGAGGAAAUCCAGACCAAACAAAGAGCAGAAGUCAUCUGAGCUCCUCCUGGGGCGUCCAGGAAAGCCGCCAGUGCUGCGAUUCGUCUGCAAAGCUACUAAAGUCACUACAGCACAGCCAUUCUGCUUCUCUGCAGCGCCUUGAAAGAGCAUGUAACAUUACAGCUUUGCCUCUCAGUGAGGACGUCUCCAGUAGCCAGCAGCACAAGUAUCCGGCAAAGUUACGCCACAAUCAUGUUCUUCACAGCAGGGUUUGAAUCAAAGAUGUGUAGCCGUGCUCCCCUGCUGUUUGCUAGCGGACACAGCUAAUCAGUUUAAAGGAAUAGCCAUUUUAUCAAUAAGAACUUAUUGUCCAGUUAUUUUUGCUUAAACCUAUUGCUGCUUACUCAGCACUUUUUCUUAACUACUUUUUUUUUUUUCUUUCCUCAGUGGAGCUUGAAUAAAUCAAGAUGCAGUUAGCACUAAACAUGCUGUUAAACUUACAAUCUUAAUUGUGUACCUUUUGUAAAAUACAGCGACCGCAUAUAAAAGCUGCUAUAAUGACAUCGUUUCCAAAGAUACGCUUUAACUAUGUGUUUACAGUGUUUUAGAGGUAAGGAUGCACAACGCCUUUUUGUUUCGUUUUGUUUUUGCAGUACCGGUUGCUUUAAUUGCCUGCAAUAGCGUCCCAGAGCAAAAUCUUGUGGCUGCAGGUUAAAUGGGUGUUAAACAGUAAAUGCAUAAAAAAAUGUGACUUAAACUUGAUCCUAUACCUUCAGUAAUGUUCUAGACCAUCACAGGUUAGCUUUAAAAAUGUUAGAAUAUAUGGCACAUAUGAAUAAAGCUGAUGCCACAUUUCA